AUGGUGGAAACAUUAUUGGGCCCCACAUUCCGUUACACAUUCCCAACUUCCAAUAGAAUCCUCCUUUCUUCUUCAAUGUCUCCCAAUCGUAAUCACCGUCGCUGUAACUCUAACCCUAACCCUAACCCUAACCUCCCUCAACCACAACCCGCUUUGCUCGUCUUCUCCGGUGGAACCGCCUUCAACGGCGUCGUUGAGGAUCUUAAAAACUUCACCACCCGUGUUGCUCAUGUUCUUCCGGUUUCUGACGAUGGUGGAAGCACUGCCGAGAUUGUUCGUGUUCUUGGUGGGCCUGCGGUUGGAGAUAUACGUUCUAGGUGUUUGAGAUUGUCUGAUCAAAGUACGGCGGAGGCCCUUGCUGUUCGGAAUUUGCUUGGUCAUCGUUUAUCACUUGAUGCUCUGCAAGCUAAAUCAGAAUGGUAUUCUAUUGUGGAAGGUGAUCAUGUUUUAUGGGAAGGUGUGUCAAAACCCUACAGGGAGACUAUUCGAGCUUUUCUGGUUUAUUUCCAAAAUCAGAUUCUCUGCCGGUCUGAAGGAGCAUUUUGUUUCAGCAAUGGCAGAUUAUGCAGCAUUGGAAAUUUCUUUUUUGCAGGAGCACGUAUAUUUUUUCAGUCCUUGGAUGCGGCAAUAUUUUUGUUUUCAAGAGUUUCUGAUAUUCCCCCUGAAAGCCUUGUUCUCCCAGUGAUUUCAACCAAUGACAGACUUACAUUAGGGUGUGAAUUAUUGGAUGGAACUAUUAUUCGGGGACAAAAUGAAAUUUCUCACCCAUCCGGUGGAACAACGGUACCUAUUAAGAAGGAAAGCUUUUCGGCUCCAGCUCUUCCUUCAAAAAUAAAACGGGUGUUCUACAUGUCAAGUGAGGGACAAAAUUUGCUCCAUGAGGUUUUUCCCUCACCUAAUGCAGCUGUCUUAGAACAACUAUACAAUGUCGAUUGCAUUGUGUAUGGCAUGGGUUCCCUUUUUACCUCAAUCUGCCCCUCAUUGGUAUUACUGGGAAUUGGGGAGAUUAUUUCUUCAAGGUCUUGCCUCAAGGUACUUAUGUUAAAUGGUACACAUGACCGGGAGACGAAUGGCUUUUCAGCAUCUUGUUUCGUAACUGCAAUUACCGAUGCUCUAAAUCGAACAUAUGGAGAAUCUUGCAACCGCUUACAGAAUAUUCCUAGUCAAUAUAUCAAUACCCUUUUGGUGCCAAGAAACAGUACAGUUUCUGUUGAUGUUGAGUGUUUGGCCGCCCAAGGAAUAUUUGAUGUGAUAGUUGUUGACUCCGUACUUGAUCCUAAAGUUAAUUGCUUAAUUGAAACCAGAUGA